AUGUUCAUCCUGACUACACUAAGUGAUUUGGUCCAAAUAUCUCCAGAGGAUGUGGAGAAGCCCAGUGGAGAAAGUAUUCAAGACAACAUCAAUGUCAAAUAUGCCAACAAAGUAAUUCAAAAAAUCGGGCUCUGCAUAUGCGUUUACGAUAUAUUGAACGCCUCCGACGGUCUGAUUGGCCAUGGUACUGGCAUUGUGAAUGUCAAUGUCGAAUUCCGUCUUAUCGUCUUCCGUCCUUUCAAGGGAGAGAUUCUUCUCGCACAGAUCAGUGGCGCUUCUGAAUAUGGCAUGAAAAUACGGCUGGACUUCUUUGACGACAUAUUUGUCCCUCCGAACUUGAUGUUCCCCAAAAGCUUUUUCAACGUGCAAGAGCAAGUUUGGACUUGGGUAAAUGAUGGCGACGAAUACUUUUACGACAAGAACGAGUGGGUUCGAGUGCGUGUGGAGGACGAGCAAUGGAACGACAUAUCUCCUUCACCUCCUUCCGAGCGAGGUAGUGAGUCGACAACGGAGCGGAAGAGCCCUUAUAGCAUCACAGUAAGUCCACUGCCGCUUUGGAAGCAGGAUGUGCUCAACGAUGUAGGCUUCGAUGUCGCAGUCCGGACUUGGGCCGGUUGA